GGGGAUCCCUGAUUUGCUGUGCUCUGACUGUCGCACCCUGAUGGACAAGCUGCGCUCCGGCCAGACCAUGGACAUCUCCGAUUUGCCGUGCUCUGCCUGCCCACUGCUGCAGCCAUUCCCCGGCCAAGAAUUAAAGAUGACCCGAAACCCUCCUUCAGGACCGAAACUGACAAUAAUGGGAAAAAGAGUCACCAGGAUUCACAAUGCUAAAAAGCUUGCGACCGGCCGAGCAACCGCUGCACAGAAGAUCUACAAGACUACGACAUUAGAGAGUCCAUCGAUCAUCGCACAAUUGAGGACAAAGCCAACGAUCAUCGCACCAUUGAAGGCAAAGCCAACGAUCAUCGCACCAUUGAAGACAAAGCCAACGAUCAUCGCACCAUUGAAGGCAAAGCCAACGAUCAUCGCACCAUUGAAGGCUAAGCCAACGAUCAUCGCACCAUUGAAGGCAAAGCCAACGAUCAUCGCACCAUUGAAGAAAAAAACAAGAUGCGCUACACAUAAGUGAAAUGAAAAUAUCCAAAAGCAAAUAAAAUUAAUAAUUGUCCAUGGAUAAUAUAAAAAUGU